AUGGGAGCUUCAACAAAAGAGAAAGGUGUGCUUAAACUAGUGCAUCCAGGUAGACAUGUUGAGUAUCACAGAAGCUCAAUCACAGCUGCUGAAAUCAUGAGGAAGAAUCCUAGACACAGUAUCACUCGCCCUGAUUUCUUUAAAAAUCCUUAUAUAGUUGUUCGCCCUGAAUCCAUUAUGGUUCCCGGUCAAGUGUUUUACAUUGUCCCAAACAAAACCGUAUAUAAAUUGGUCAAACAUAGAAGAAGUCAACUCUCUUCACAUCCAAAUGAGUCUCCAAACACUAGUGAUCAUAAUCAAGCUUCCCAACAGAUCUCACCAUCAAAAUCAAUGGCAGGAAGGACACCUAUUUCUGAACACAAAUUCCAUGAUCAGGAACAAGAAGGAUCAAGUUCUUGUGAAGAAAAUACGUUGGAUGAUGAUGAUGGUGAUAGUUUGACUUUUCAAGCUAGAGACUAUUAUCUAAAUAGAAAUGGUUCAGCAUGGGGAAGAACUGUAAACUAUGGUCAACAAGGUACCAAUUUGAAAUCCUGCAUGAAGAAGGAGGGCCUUGUUCGGGUAUCCCCAAACCUAAGGGUGACUUUUGACUUUAGUACAAUUAUCCAAUAUUAUUAUAACUGA